CCAUCCUCGUGUAGCAAGAACUUAGAUAUUGUUGAGAGAGAAACAUCUGACAUCUAUUUUUAUAAUUUAUUUGUUCAAUUUAAUCUUUAAAAUUCCAAAAUGGUGAACUCCAAGGGUUAUCGUCGUGGAACUCGUCAUUUGUUCUCCAAAAAAUUCAAGGAGCAUGGUGUUGAACCUCUAUCCACUUUCUUGAAAGUGUACAAGAAGGGAGAUAUUGUCGACAUUAAGGGCAAUGGUGCCUUCCAGAAGGGUAUGCCAUUCAAAUACUACCAUGGAAAAACUGGUCGAGUUUUCAAUGUCACACAACACGCUGUGGGUAUCAUUGUAAACAAACAAGUUCGUGGAAAGAUUUUGCCUAAGAGGAUCAAUGUGCGUGUGGAACACAUAAACCACUCCAAGUGCCGCCAGGACUUUUUGACUCGUGUGAAGACCAAUGAGAGGUUGAAGAAAGAAGCUAAAGAGAAGGGCAUCAAGGUGUCUUGCAAACGUCAGCCUCAGCAGCCAAGACCUGCUCAUUUUGUCUCCACUAAGAAAAAUGAGCCAAUUUUCCUUGCUCCCAUUCCCUAUGAGUUUAUUGCUUAAGUGUACAUCUUAAGCUGAAACUUAAAAUAAAGUGGAUGGACCCAA